UUUUUUUAUAUCAAGUCUCCCAACAAAGCAUACCAAACCAGUUUCCAACUGAUCUCAUUUCAGGGCCAUUUGAUUUGGUUCUGUGAAAGACGACCUUUGCUUCAGCCCAGCAGGCUUUUCUAUUUCAUGAUAUUUCUGCAUAGCACUCUUCUUUAAUAGUCUUAGCAAAAAUGACGACGGAAUCCAGUUCUGUAGACGAUACGUUACUUGAAUUCCUUCACAUGGAGGCAGUAAAGCUGCUGGAAGAAGGAUCGACUGGUGAAGGCAUGAACACGGCCACGACGAAGUUAGACACGAUGGGAUUUCGUGUUGGAAUAGCUCUGGUUGAAAGAUGCUCUGCUGAUACAAUGCGCUUCAAGGACGAGCUUGACAUGAUGCGUUUCUUGUGCAAGGAUUUCUGGCUGGCAACGUUUAUGAAACAGAUCGAUAACUUGAGGACGAAUCACCAGGGUGUGUAUGUCCUGCAAGACUCUCAGUUCCGGUUCCUGACGAAUGUGGCAGAAGGCACUCAGUAUUUGCAGACGGCACAAUCGCUUCUGGCCUUCUCAUGUGGUGUAGUACGUGGAGCACUUUUCAAUUUGGGCCUCACCUGCUCAGUAACGGUCGAAGUGACAAACCUUCCCGUGUGCAAGUUUCACGUUACCGUCAUCUAACUGCCUGCUGCCCUCCGGCUCCUGACUCGCACGCGUGUGCAUGCUUGUAGUGCACAUGGUGUCUGUGUACAUAACCUUUGCUUGUUGUUCCAGCUGUACUGAUCCUGUGUCAGUCAGUGAACUGUCCUCACCUCCUGCUGCUCUACGCUGUCUAUGGUCCAUCUGUACAUACUAUAGAGUUUUAGCUGCUAACUAGGGAGGACCCAUACAUUUGCUGUAAAAAAACUGCUUUCUAUAAUUUCAGGCUUCUGACGCCAAUGUCUGAGAUGGGAAUUAUUUUACCUGUUGUUGACCAAUGUUUUCAAUAUUUUUUGUUGUCUAUUUAUAAGAUCAUGUACAUAGGGUUGUCAGUUAUCACUGUUAUAUGUGUAGGCCUGGGAUGUUCCGGCAUGGAUUAUUCAACCGUUGCACAACCAUUGGCUGAUUCAGUGUCUGUACGUCGCCAUUUCCUGUGCGACUGUGAAUGUAUCAUGCAUGCAGUUUGUCUUUGCUGAGAAUUUUGAAUUUCAAAAUUUGUUUCUGACAUUCAAAGUGGCUCGGCCCAGUGCUGUUUGUCUUUCUUA